UUUACAUAUGACUUGAUUAUGGCCUCUAAUAGUUUGUGGUAUCGCGAUCAACUUUACAGAAUCGUCGAGGAAAGUUUAGAAGUUACGUUGGUUAUAUGUAAUGAGGAGUUAAAUCAGUUUACCGUGGCUAAGAUUUUCGACAUUUUUAACCAAAUUUUACCAACGGGAUUUGUGCUAGGCACUGGAUAUUGGCCGUUUUUCAACUCGACUAGGAGACAAUGCCUCUGCAUCUGCGGGCGAUACGGCAUUGACUGUCGUCAUUUCAAACAUGAUAAUCACUGGAUCGAUUUGGAAAUUGUUUCGAAUGAUACCACGAUGCCCUUUUACCCUAAAUCAUUCACACUUAAAUUAGUCAAUGCUGAAAUUGAUAUUAUAGCUUUCACCGAAGGAGUAGCAGGAUAUAACAUAAACAUUAAAUUAGCAUUUCAAAAUAAGAAAAAUGAAAGAGGGAGACCAAAACGGACUAGGGAUGAAAAUCUUAAUAUUAACCCGGAUCAGAUCUUCCAUAUUGCGAUUUGCAGCAGAUAUGUGCUUCAAAACGAAUAUUACCCGGCACUGCACUCCGUAAUGUUUCAACCGAGUCCCUUUUUCCACGAAAACUAUGGAACGUUUUUUCCAAGAUUGCGACAAGCCAGAACAACUUCGAUGAACUGUUAUCAACAGUUUAAUCAUGGAUUCUUUACAGUUUCCAUUGAAAAUAUGCCCCAUUUUACUUUAAUUAUUCAAUGUGUAAAUGUCCCCUUACACAAUAUGUAUACUAAUUUGGUAACAAAUGCCAAUUUAGCACACCGCUUAUCACCCAAACAGCAUAAAGCUGCUUUUUCGAAAGCUGUACAAACAGAAAAUAUAGAAAGCAUUGAAUAUUUCAAAUAUAAGGAGCUAAUAGGCAAUUUAAAGCCUCUAUGGAAUGACUCUUCUUCUUGUGAGUCUUUGCAAAGCUCCCCAAAAAAAGUAGAUAAUAUUCUAUUCGGAGGAUUUUCGAUUAGUACGCCCCAGCCUUUACUAAGAGAACCUGAUAUGGCACCCUGGGAGAUUCCAAAAGCUACACGUAGGCGUAAUAGACGAAAAGCUCAAACCAAACUGGCAGCUUAUGGGGAACAAAAUAAAAUAAAAACCAUAGAGGGAUCAAAUCAAAAGAAUGAUCCAAUAUUAUUGCCUAGUUUGUCUUAUGCAUCUAUUCUAAAAUCACCUAAAGCUCAAGAAACUAUUAUAAAAAAAACUGAUUUUCAAUGGCUAGAUGAUCAAUUUCCAGAUUUGCUAAAAACUGUCGCAAUAAAACAAGAAAAACUGGAUGAAGAGUUUCGUAUAGCCGAAGAAUUUAUCAAACAGGAAGAAGAUAAUGAUGUGAAUACUAAGUUAAAUAUUGGAUCAGUUUUUAAUAAUAUUUAAGAUAUUUGUUUAUAGCAUUUUAUCUGUAGCCAAUGUAUGUAUCUCAUAUUAGCAUAACUUUAUUCAGAAUUCAUAGAUGUUAUUACUAGUUAAAUCAUAAAUGUUUAAGAUUUAUUUUAUUUAUUUAUUUUAGGCCGAUGAUAUUAUAUUGUAUAUUAAAUCAAUUAAAUAUUAUAUUUUAUAAUUGCUAUAUGUCUAAUAUAAACUGUGUGAACUUUUAAA